AUGAAAGAUAAUAGUCUCUUACCAACCGAUUUAUUUAAGACACAGAAAGAAACUGGUACUAGUACCCAAUUAUCUGAUGCUCAAGAUUUUAUAAAAUUUAAAGCUAAAUAUCUAAAGGUAGCUGCAAAAAGUGUUGAUAUGGGAAGUACAAAACUGAACAAUAAUGAUAACAAUAAUAAAGAAUCUAUAGAUAAUUACAAAAAUAGCAAUAAAAUUUCAAAAACAUCAUCUUUAUCAUUACAAGAUCAAGCAAUUGCUACGAAUGUUUUGAAAUUCAAAAGGAAUAUUAUUGUAAUAUACACAAUCAGCCUUGUCUAA